CCUAAAAAGGGCCGUUGGAAAACAAACUGGAAACUGGAAACGACAGGAAACGGUUGGAAACUGAAAUAAACAGUGGAGCAGCAUGUCCCAUGCGUUAGUCACUUUGCUCAGAUGAUCUAUCUUCUUCAUCCUCUAUCUCCAUCUCAUCCUCGGACUGAAGGUGUCGUCGGCGCUUUGAAGAGUGUUUUCUUGAGGGGCUUCUGUCCCAUUUUCUUUUCCCUAGACGUGGUGUGAUGCCUGCACGGAGUUGUGUGAUGCAUUCUUUUAGGUCGAGAACAUCAACAGUCAUGGCUUCUAUGAGCUGAAGCACUUGUGUCACUGGUGUCGACGUGGACGGUGCUGCUGACGUUUUCUUUCGACUGGGUUCUGGGCAAUCUGCAGCGAAAUGACCUACGACUUGGCAGUUGUAACAUGGGCCCUGAAGAAUCUUCUUUCGACUGGGUUCUGGGCAAUCUGCAGCGAAAUGACCCAUGACUUGACAGUUGUAACAUGGGCCCUGGGGAGUCUUCUGCUUAUCUUGACUGCUUAUCUUCGGACAGACAUAGUGACGGUGACCUUGAGUGUGGCACUCGGUACAUGUCACUUCAGGGCAGUACAGGUAACUUUGACUGUCGGUCUGGCACUUCAUACAACUGUAUCGAGGUGACAUGGUUGGUUUCAUAGAAUGCAGUGUGUGUGUGUGUGUGUGAGUGGCUUCGCUCUUGUUUUAUAGGAGAGGCACUGGCACCCUGCUUCCUGGUUGGUUCGUCACGCAGCGCCCCUGAUUGGUUCGUUCCGGUGCCUGGCCUGCACCUCAGUUUUCCAAAAGGACCGACCCCUGUGUUUCUUUUCCAUAGGAAAUGGAUUUUACCAUGGGAGAGAAAGCACAACCCCGGUUCGACCAAUCAGAACCCACAACGGUCCGAGCGCGGCCUCUGAUUGGUCGAAAACCCAGGCUUCUGAUUGGUCAGAUUUCGAUCCGAUCUUCAAACAGACGUUAUACUUAUUGAGUAUUUAGAUGGCUAGAGGAAAGAUCGAUAGACAUACGUAGUGUUACACCCGUGUCUUCAUGCAAACGUAGUGUCAUGUGUGUGUCUUCAAACAGACGUUGAUACAUAUUAUUAUUAUUAUUAUUAUUAUUAUUAUUAUUAUUAUUUAUACCGAGGUGUUGACACUCGUGUAGGUCUACAGGCGUACUGUCACACGUGUUUCCAUGCACACGUCAUGUACUUCAUGUUGCCAUGCAAACGUUGUGUAGUACGUGUCUCUAUGCAAACGUGUCAUACGUGUAUUUAUAUAUAUUUAUUUUAUUUUGAGACGUACAAUUGGGGAAUCACGCGUAGGCGUGUGCUUCCAAGAGGACUGGGGAGGGUGUGGGUUCUUUGUUUUGGAUUGAUGUUGUUUGUGUUGGCAAAGCAAAGGAUGAAAACUUUCUUUUGGGAGAGAUGGGUGUCCCUGAAAAGGGCCGUUUUGAAGAAGAAAAAACUUUUCUGCUGCUGUCAAAGAAGAAACAUCAUGUCCAAUCUUAUUGCAAGACAAGGAUCGUCGAAGCUGUACUUGCUGCCAUCUGGGUAUGUCAUCUGGGUGCCCUACGUGGCACGACUUGUGGGUCCAACAAAGAAAAAAAGCUUGUUGGUAACAGGAAGCGGGAAUAGUAAUGAACAGGAACUUGAACGGGAACUUGAACACAGGAAACGGGAAACUUCCUCCUAGGCAGCGGGUCAUGCUACGCCAUUCGUGUUCUUCUGAUUCACAUUCUCCUCGCAGAGAUAGUGUCGCUGUAGCUUCUUCUUGUGUCUCACCAGACCGGUUAGUUUGAGGUAGUCACAGUGUGGGGACCACUUGUGGUGUUCCACCCAAGGAUUGUCAUGGGACGCCCAUCAUCUCAGCCGCACACCACAUUGGAAACAGUACACGCCUUCGGCACCCUGAGUGUGGACAAAGCCCGCAUGGGCCAUCUCUUCAGUAGUCUGAUUCAUUUGCGUCAGCCACGUCUCAAACGAAACGAGCCUUCUUUCAAAGCGUAGAUAAUAGGGUGAUGGUGUGUUACUGAGCGGCGACAUCUCAUCAUCAGCAUCCGUACUCUUACUCCAGCAUCCACGAGUAUCUGCACCAUAUCAGUCACCAUAUCCCCGUCACACGUUGUCGUACAACUCUUCUUUGUCUUCUUGAUGCGAUGAUGAUGAUUUUCUUUUUUUCACAAGUGACACUGACCCACUCGAAUGGUUGUUCUCUUGUUUUAUAGGAGAAGAACCGGAUCGAAAAUUGCUGCUUCUUUAUGGGUCCAAAACACAACGCACUGAUUGGUCCAUUCCGGUGCCUGGCCUGCACCUCAGUUUUCUAAAACGACCCAACCCUUGUGUUUCUUUUCCAUAGGAAAUGUUUUUUUCCAUGGGAGAGAAAGCACAACUCGGCUCGGGUGCUUUUGGGGAAGGGUUUUCUAUAAGUCAGAUGUUCAGUCAAUCUUAUAGUACAGACGUUCAUCAGACACCCAUCGCUAUCAUCACGAGCAACCAGAGUACGCCUUAUCGUUUGGAGAGGAAAGACACCACAUGCUCCAGACGAUUAAGAACUGCUAACCAUACCUAUCGUUUGACUUUCAACUCAGAUUACUUGGAUACCGUACCACCGCGUUUCCAUUGAUCUGCCGGCUUUAUUUGACAGAGUGAUCGAUGACUUUUAUCAACAGAUGUCAGGCCAGAAGGGAGAUCGUAUUGGUCUAGGUAUCGAAAACCCCCAUAUGGAUUCCCUUUCGUCGCUUUGAAGAUCUCCAUGGGCUAGAUAUUUUGCAUGCCGUGGAAAAAGUCCAACAGUCCAACAAAGCCCUGAACAUCGAUGCCACAAUGGUUGUGACUUAAGUACAUGUAGCAGAUCCCGACAGGCUAGGAUCAGGCAGUGGAGGUCCCUGUGGUUGGACUUGAAGCCUUUUUAACACGUAAAAAGGGCAUUGUACGGAUCAAGAACGAAGAUCAGUCCUGUUUGGCACGGGCCCUGGUGGUGGCACAGCAUUAUGCCCAGAAACCCAACCCUCUGACACCAGAAUGGACCACCCAGCGAGUGACACUGAUGAGAACGGAUCGACGAACCGAUGUUCAAGGCAUACGGGAACGGAACUUGUUUCGGUGCCUUGGCCUGCCUGAAGGUCCCUGUCGGGGCCUGGACGACCUAGCACGCGUGGGAUGCGCCUUGGCCCACCUGAAUUAUCAACAGAAAGUCUACAGUCAAGAGGUGGACCAGAGACUGUUGUACAAGUGUGAUGAGGCUCCACCCAACGCCACCGUGCUGCAAUUAUAUCAUCAUGAUCAGCACUACUAUGUGAUCACUUCCAUGCCAGCUUUUUAUGGGUCUAAGUAUUACUGCGAACGCUGCGACCAACGUUACGACCAUCCCGAAAAACACUCCUGCACCAAGCAAUACCGCUGUCACCGUUGCCUCCACUCUAGCUAUUGCAGACCCAAGGAAGAGCACGGGAUCCCUUGCUUGACAUGUCAACGCUGGUUCCCAAAUCAACAGUGUUACACCCAACAUCUUCAGUGACCGUCAGAGGGAAAACCCAGCGCCUGUCAAUCGAUUCACAGGUGCCCGACCUGUUUGCAGCUGGUCCGCGUCUUGGAGACCCCCAUGUCUCAGAUGAAGAACAUCCCUGCUUAGUGUGUCGAGAACCCAUGACCUCAGACCAUCGCUGUAACAUGACAACCCUCCGUGAAGUCAAUGAGGAAGAGGAGGGAGAGGGGGAAGAGGAGGAAGAGGAACAACAUCAAAUACAAGACAAUGUCAAAUAUGUGUUCUAUGACUUUGAAUGCAUGCAAGACACGGGGGAGCACAUUCCAAAUUUGUGCGUGGUGCAGUUAGGAUGUGGACGAUGCAUCAGUGAAGUGAGCAAGGAGUUGUGCGAACACUGUGUUUUGAUGCCCCACCACACGACAUGAUGUGUGUGUGUGGUUGACAACAAUGGCUGAAAAACCCAAGAAGAAGAACCAAGAGGAAGAGGAGGACAGCACAUGCAAGGGGACAACAGCACGCAAGGGGACAACAGCACGCCUUGGAUAAGAAAACAGGAUGGAACCCCCUCAAGAAAGCACUCUUCAAAACGUCAACGACAUUCAUCACCCCAGGAGGAGGAGGAGGCGGAGGUGGAGGGGGAGGAUGUCAUGGAAGUGGACGCGUCCACCCUGUUGGAGGAGGAAAAGGGGAAGGAGAAGACAAAGAAGACAAAGAACAAGAACACCACCACCACAACAGUCCAGAAGGAGGACCGCAUUUAUGUGAUGGCACAUAAUGCACGAUCCUAUGAUAUGCACUUGAUCCUGAAGGGCCUGUGCCCCCUUCUAGUGAAACUCCCCACCAAGAUUCGAAAUGGACAACAAAUUUUGCAGGUGACCCUGGGACGCUUGUGUUUCGAAAACAGUUUAAAUUUCAUACCCUACCCACUGAAAGCAUUUCCAAAGAGCUUUGGGCUGAAAGAACUGAAGAAAGGGUAUUUUCCACACUUUUUCAAUACCGAAGCCAACCAGACCUACAGAGGUCCCUAUCCACCAGACGUCAUGUACGAUCCUGAUGGCAUGUCUCCCGCGGAACGCACAGCCUUCCUCCAGUGGCAUACCCAAAAAGUGCAAGAAGGAGCCUUGUUUGACUUGCAAGGAGAACUCUUCUCCUACUGCCAGAGCGAUGUGGACAUUUUAAGACGGGGAUGCGCUGACUUCCGACAGAACGCCAUCAGGUCGGUUCGCAUGGAUCCCUUCGUAGAGGUGAUGACAGCCGCUGCGUUCACCAUGAAAUCCUUCCGAAAACACGAUCUGAAACCCAAUACCAUUGCCAUUCUUCCACCUCAAGGCUACAAACCCAAGAGGAACUAUUCCCAGCCCUGUAUGCACUGGUUAAAUUAUCUGAUGGAGACGGACCCCAAUCUGCACCUCCAGCAUGCCAGGAAUGGAGGUGAAAAAGAGUUCACGUGUGGAGAGGGACAACAUCAGUACAGUGUGGAUGGCUACGAUCCAGUGACAGGCACCAUCUACGAAUUCCUUGGGUGUUUCUGGCAUGGGUGUCAGACAUGUCACAAGACCCAACGUGGGGAACCUCAUCCCGUCCUGGGCACGCCAUUGGGAGCAUGUUAUACCGACACCCGCUACCGCCUGAGUCUCUUGAGUCAACACCCUGAGGUGAAACGAAUCGUCACCCUGUGGGAGCACGAGUUUACAAAAAUGCAACAGGAGAACUCCGCUCUGCGUGCUUUCUUGCAGGGACCCCACUGUAUCCACGUCCCUGGACCGCUCAACCCUCUUGACGCCUUCUAUGGAGGACGCACCAAUGCCACGCGAUUAUGCUACGAAGCCCAAGAAGGUGAAACCGUCAAGUACAUUGAUAUUUGUUCCCUUUAUCCUUACAUUUGUAAGACCGGAGCAUUUCCCACGGGACACCCGACCCUUCUCCAUCAACCACCUGUGGACACGUUGUUUGAGCUGAAAGGACUUAUCCAAUGUCAUGUCCUACCCCCGAAACGACUCUAUCAUCCGCUACUGCCCUUCAGAUCGGGUGGCAAUCAGCUCUGUCCUUUGUGCCGUACGUAUGCCGAUACCCGGUCAGACUCCCCCUGCAAGCACACGGACGAAGAGAGGUCAUGGGUGGGUAGAACUCCAUGAAGCCGUGAAGAAGUAUGACUACCAGGUGCUUCAGAUCUACGACGUUUGGCAUUUUGACACCUUUGCACAGCAUGAUCCCGACACCCAGCAAGUAGGACUCUUUGACACUUAUAUCGAUCGUCAUUUCAAGGAGAAGCUUGAAGCCAGCGGAUACCCCGAGGGAUGUACGGAUCACGACGCUUACAUCCAGGAGACCUACGACAAAGAAGGCAUUGGGUUGGACAUCGGAAAAAAACCAGGACUUCGCACGAUUGCCAAGAUGCAACUGAAUUCACUCUGGGGCAAGUUUGGACAACGGUUAGACUACAGUGAGAACAUCUAUAUGAAUGAUCCUGUACAGUACUCUACCUUGUGGAGGGAUGAACGCAAUACCAUCGAGGAUGUCACCAUUGUCAACGAACACAUGGUGGAAGUGACCUAAACCCACAAGGAAGAACUCCAAACCCCUCAUUCUCAUUUCAAUGUCGCCCUCUCUGCUUGGGUCACCGCCCAAGCACGUCUCAAACUGUACGAGACCUUUGCCCUGGUGGGUUGCAGGGUCUUGUACUUUGACACAGACAGCGUCAUUUACAUUCAUCGACCCCACGACACGAAUCCAGAGCUGGGCCAUUCGUUGGGUGAGUUUACAGAUGAACUGGACGGAAACACCAUCAAGACGUUCGUUCGAAACUGACUGAACCCAAGAAAGUAGCACCGAAGAAGACGAUAAAGAAGACCCAGAAGAAAAAAACAAGCAAACCAGCAGCAGCAUCAACAACAACCACAGCAACAGUUGCCACCACAGCAGCAGCUGCCACCACCACCAUCACAACAGCACCAGUCACCGCUACAGCAGCAGCAGCAGCAGCAGCAGCCACCAAAACGAAAGGGACAUCCUUUUCGAAACCUGCAACACCUGCAAAAAGAUGACCACGGAAGAAAUUGUCCCUGAAGAUCUCUCAUCAAGAACAGCUGUAAGUACCAUGCUAUUCUUUGGGAUGUGUAUGCCAUGAUGAUGAUGAUGAUGAUGAUGAUGAUGAUGAUAGAAUAUUACGAAUGCAUGACGAUGAUCGUGAGUAUACUGAAAGGUUCUUUUCUUGUUGGAUUGACAGGACACCCAUCCUUCCUUCCCCUGAUGUCAGUUCAGCGCAGUCCGUGUUAGAACAGUGGUGGGAACAAAUCCCUCGGGAGCCAACCUAUUCACCGAAUGCGCCUGUGAUGAUGAGGACCGGUGACAGUGAUGGUCAUGAAGCGCUCAAGCUGACAACCCUCCCUUCCAUGGAUCUGGACACACCCACCCUGCUUGAUGCUUCUUGGUCACCAGCAUCACCGGAAGAUGUUAAUGUCUUCUCCUCAGGGAGGCCAUAGACUGUACUUGUUUUACUGAUGGACCUCUCACAUGUUUGGGACCUGUUUGGGACAGUAUGGUGGAGGACCACAUCUUAUGGUGACCCUCAUCUUCACUCGAAGAGCUUGAAGAUGGAAGAGGAAAGCACUCUCUCCUCAAUUGUCGUAUUUCCUAUGUAUCUGGUUGUUGUUGUUGUUGUUCAUUAUUAAACAGUGAUUGAUUUAA